GAAAACAGCUGUUUAAUUAAACAGUUUUUUUACGAAUUAUUUCAUAACAAUUAUUGUAAUAAUUAAAAUUAACUAAAAAUCAUAGGCAACCAUUAUGUUAUUUAAACAUUUACAACAGUUAAAAGGAACCCUUAAUGCCUCAACAAGCCUUAAUGCAUUAAAGGGCUUACGGCAAAUGUCUAUUUUAGCUAAAUCCAUUAAGUAUAACCAACAUGGUGAGCCGGCUGAUGUUUUGCAAUUGGUGGAGCAACAGCUAGAAAAGCCACAAAAUAAACAAGUGCUGGUGAAAAUAUUGGCGGCUCCUAUUAACCCAGCCGAUAUAAAUACCAUACAAGGUAAAUAUCCGGUAAAACCUAAAUUUCCUGCUGUGGCCGGUAAUGAGUGUGUAGCCGAGAUUUUGGAAGUGGGAGCUGAUGUUAAGAGUUUAUCGAAAGGCCAGCGUGUAGUUCCAUAUGUUACCGGCAUUGGUACCUGGACUACACAUGCUGUUUUCUCCGAAGAGCAAUUAAUGCCCGUAUCAAAUAAAAUUGGUUUGGCUGAAGCAGCCACUAUAACCGUAAAUCCCUGUACUGCUUAUCGCAUGCUUAAAGAUUUCGUUAAACUUUCUCCCGGUGACUGUGUCAUACAAAAUGGUGCCAAUAGUGCUGUGGGACAAGCAGUACAUCAAUUGUGCAAAGCUUGGGGCUUAAAAUCGGUGGGUGUGGUAAGAUCUCGACCAGAUAUAGAACCAUUAAAAUCUUAUCUUAAAUCCUUGGGUGCUACGGAAAUUCUAACCGAAGAAGAAAUACGCACUUGCACCUUAUUUAAAGAAGGUAAACUGCCCAAACCUAAACUGGCCUUUAAUUGUGUAGGUGGCAAAAGUGCCACUGAGGUCACCCGCCAUUUGGCCGAUAAAGGUGUAAUGGUAACAUAUGGUGGCAUGUCACGUGAACCGGUUAUAGCUGCUACAGCUGCUUUGAUUUUUAAAGAUUUAGCUUUUCGUGGUUUCUGGAUGACUAGAUGGACCAAGGAAAACCCUCAUUCACCCGAACGUACCGAAAUGUUUAGAGAAUUAUGUGAUCUAAUGGAACAGCAGAAAUUUGUUGCCCCCGUACAUGAAUUGGUGCCUAUGGAGAAAUUUAAAGAUGCCGCUGCAGCUGCUUUAAAUUUUAAGGGUUUUACGGGCAAGAAGUAUAUACUUAAAAUGCAGGAUUAAGUCAAACUAGGGGAUUGUCAUUUAAAUGCAUAUGUUUUCAAAAUAUAUGCUAAUAUUCGAUAUAACAUUACCAAAUAUUAAAUUUAUAUAAAUAUUUGUAGUAUGUGUCUUACUUUUCUCUUACAAUUUUCAACCCCUUUAUUUAAUCUGUAACAUAAUGAUAUCCUAACCUCAAAACUAUAUCAUUAUCUUUUGUAUAUAUUAACUAUUUUUCCUUUUUAAUUAGCUUAAAAAACACAAAUUUAUUGUCCCACAACUUUAAGCAGUCGAAAACUUCACUGCACAAGAACUUUCGACACUUGAAACUACCCCAAAUAAAUGUGUAUAGAAGUACAAUGGGGAGGAUUUCUAAAAAAAUCGAAAUAAAAAAAGCAAAAUAUAAAGAAAGUUAA